UUACAGGGUUAAGUGAAGGCAGCAUCAGGGACGGAUCAACCUGGCGGAGUGAAACUCGCAGGAACACAAACUAGUUCAGCUAAUAAUGGCGCCGCUGUAACUACUCGCUGACGACACGGCUUCAGUGCUCGGAGUCCUAGACUGACAAAAGUUUUAGACGAUAAAGGAGAGGGCUGCGGUUAGUUUCCCUCCAGUUGCAUGGAAGUAAGUGAGAUAGGUCGGCGUUAGAGGCAGACGUGUCUGUGUUGGUGACAGCUUGGUGGUGACUGGCUCGCGGGUUCGAUGUCCAGUUUGGACUGUGCAGAUGAGCUGGACUUCAGGCUGCUGUUCGAAGACAAUGGCAGGUUCGUGGAAGGUUCAGAUCUCAACGUGGUAACUGCUUCCUCCAGUACCCAGACUCUGCAUCCUGUUAGUCAGGAGCCCCGCCCUCAGUGCCUUCCUGCUGACUACCAGCAUGUGGCCUACCAACAUGUGGGACCCCAGUUUGAGGCUCAGGGGAACACCAGAGCUUUCGACUGCCCCAGCAUCCAGAUAACCUCAAUCGCUCCAAACAACCAUGUGGAGCAAACCACUAACCAAGCAAAUGCUGCGGUGGGAGGGGCGGAGGGGGGUUACCCAGAACCGUCCUGGUCCAGAGACCAGCUUUAUCUUCCUCUUGACCCGUGCUACCGUGACCCCACAUUAUGCCCAAGCCCUUGCAGCAGCUUGUCUUCGAGGAGUUGGAUGUCUGAUGUGUCCUCUUGUGAGUCUUACUCGCAUGUGUACGAUGAUGUGGAUGGGGAUCUGUGCGAUCCCGCCCGUCUUGCUCUGGGCUCGCCACUCGGCUCACCAGGUUGUGGAGGCGGGGCUUUCGGUGUGGAGCUCUGGCAGCAGAAGUAUCAGAGUCCCUCAGCCUUCAGCCCUUCCCUCUCACCUCAUCAAUCACCUCGCCAGUCCCCCUGCCACUCCCCUCGAACCAGUGUCACAGAGGAGAGCUGGCUGCAUCGGCGCCCCACAUCCAGACCUUCAUCCAGACCUACAUCCCCCUGCGGAAAGAGACGACACUGCAGUGCGGAGCCCCGUGCACACUCCUCUUCCCCUCACCACUCUCCCACCCGCACGCCAGGCGCUUCCCCAAUGGGCAGUGUCACUGAGGACACAUGGUUAGGAAGCCCGGCUGGCAGUGCGGGCCUUCAACUCUUGUCUGGCUACCAGGAGCUCAACGUUCCGUCAAAGACCAGGAGGACUUCUGGGACUCAGCUUAGUUUUCAGGGAGACACAGUCCUGGAGGAGCUCAGGGGUGGAGUGGCUUUCCAGGAGUCUCCCACGGAGGAGUCUCGGGAGCAGGAGGGGCUGGCGGAACUCUUCCUUCAAGUACCGUCCCACUUCAGCUGGACAAAACCAAAGCCUGGAAACCCACCCCUGUACAGGCCCUCGUCGCCGCCUUCACUGGACACGCCGCUGCCCAGCCAGUUUGACCAGUACGAGCUGAAGCUGGAGGUCCAGCCCAGGUCCUACCACCGGGCUCACUACGAGACGGAGGGAAGUCGGGGUUCCAUUAAAGCAACGACAGGGGGUCACCCUGUGGUUAAGUUGAGCGGAUUUAGCCAGCAGCCCGUCGCCAUGCUCUUGUUCAUCGGCACCGCCGACGAUCGGUACCUUCGGCCUCAUUCCUUCUACCAGGUCCAUCGUGUCACUGGAAAGACCGUGACCACAAACUGCCACGAGAAAAUGUUGGAGGGCACCAAAGUUCUGGAAAUCACUCUGCUCCCAGAAGACGACAUGUCUGUCAGCAUCGACUGCGCUGGCAUCCUGAAGCUGCGCAACGCCGACAUCGAGCUAAAGAGAGGAGAGACGGAUAUUGGGCGAAAGAACACGAGGGUGCGAGUGGUGUUCAGGGUGGCCAUCCCACAGCCUGAGGGUCCGAUUCUGUGGCUGCAGACAUCGACGAUUCCAGUGGAGUGCUCCCAGCGCUCCGGCCAGGAGCUUCCUCAUGUGGAGAGCUUCCGUCCGGGGAGCUGCUCAGUAGAAGGAGGGGAGGAGCUUCUGAUCACCGGCUCCAACAUAUCUUCUCAGUCCAGAGUGGUCUUCCUGGAGAGAGGGCCGGAUGGAAGAGUUCUGUGGGAGGUGGAGGCCAACGUUCUACCUGAAAAGAGCAGCACAUCUGGCCUCGUGGUUCUGAUCCCGCCCUACAACCUGAAGACAGUGGGUCCCGUCCAGGUCCAGUUCCACGUCUCUAAUGGGAAGAGGAAAAGAAGUCCAGCUCAGAGCUUCACCUUCGUGCCGAGAGACCACCGUCUUUAUCCUGCAGUCAAACAAGAGCUCCUGGAGCUGGACCACGCAUCCCAUGAUCCUCCAGUUCUUCUUCCAUCUUUACCUUCAGAUUUGUAUUACGGAACUCAAAACACUCCUCGUCUCUGCCACCCACAACCGCUCCAGCAAACCCUCACAUUUCCUCCAUUGGACUCUCUUCCCCCUCAGCCUUCAUUGCUACCUGUCUACACCCUCCCCAUGACUCGCCGGGUCACCCCCGCCCCCCCUCCGCCGGUUCCCCCCGCCCUGCAUCACUCUUCAUCCUUCCCGCCUCUCUCCGCCUCCCUUGUUCCCCGCUCUUCCCCCAACAAUCCUCACCUCUCCUCCGCUCCGCUUCACCCUUCCACUGGAGGAUCAAGCAGAAACCAGCCUCCUUCCCUGAAGGAGCAUCCGUCCUCAAGGCCGGAGGAGAUGCUGAACAUCAAGCAGGAGCCAGGAGAGCAGCCUGGCGUGACGUCGCUGGGCCUCCAGGAGAUCACACUGGAUGAUGUGAACGAGAUCAUCGACAGAGACAUACGGAUCCAGUUUCAUCGAUUUGCCGGCGACGCAGCGGUGACGUUCUGCGGCGCAGAGACAACUGCGUCCCACACUGGUCACUAUCAGAGUGCAGGGAACUGACCGUCGAGUGCCUGGAGUGAAUAUCUCUCCCCCCCUAUCACCACCACCCUCCACUUCUGAAAUUCCUCAGGAUUAAAUAACGAAGCCAAGGAUUCUCCCGACUGAAGCGGAUGGAGGCGACACAAGGGCUGAAGUUUAUUUAUUGGCCGGUUCAUGUAGAGAUCUAUUUUUGAUACUCUCUCUGGAUGUUUCUCUUGAAAACACCUGAUGUAGUUUUCAUGUUUGACUGUUCUCCGUUUACAUCUAUUGGUUCAUGUUUGAGGCUUAAAAAUAUAUACAAUUUAUUCUUG